CCCAAAAAAGCCCCCAAACUCUCUCUCUCUCUCUUCCCCUCCCGGCAUUGCAUGCUCCGACUCUGUGUAGGUGAAUCCGUUUUCCCUCUGUAGCUCUUCUCUCUCUGGGAUUCUCCAUGAGAAGAUCGCCGUUGCUCGAUCUUUCUUGUUGUCCUGACUGGAGAGAGCUGUUUCUUUAUUGAGCUUUAAUAAAGGAAAUUGCAUAUUGGGCUGAUUUAUUGUGAAGCUAAGAUUGCUGGAGAUGCCUCGCGAUAUAUCGAGGUCUCGUUCACCUUCAUAUAGACGAAGGCGUUCACCUUCUCCUUUGGGGCAUAGGUAUAGCCGCAGGAGUCGAAGAGACAGAAGCCGCUCUCCCUAUUCAUCUUAUUCUUAUAGCAGACGGAAAAGCCGUUCUAUAUCUCCAAGGCGACGCAAGAGUCGUUCUCCAACAGUGAGGCGUCGCAAAAGCCGCUCCCCUACCCCAAAGCGCUAUAGAAGGCAAAAGAGUAGAAGUUCCUCAUUGGUUCCUACUCAUAGUUCUUCUAGUCCAAGCCUUGGGUCUGUGGAGCGCAAAAGUGCCAAUGAGAAAUUGAGAAAGGAAGAAGAAGAGAGGAAAAGGCGUCAGCGUGAGGCAGAAUUGAAAAUAAUCGAAGAGGAAACUGCUAAGAGGGUAGAGGAAGCUAUCCAGAAGAAAGUGGAAGAGAGCUUGAACUCUGCUGAGAUCCAACUAGAGGUACAAAGAAGGUUGGAGGAAGGCCGGAGAAGGCUUCAUGAUGAAGUUACAGCACAGCUUGAGAAAGAAAAGGAAAUUACCCUUGUUCAGGCCAGACAAAAGGAGGAGCAAGCGCGAAGGGAGAAAGAGGAACUAGAAAGGAUGCUGGAGGAGAACAGGAGAAGAGUAGAAGAAUCUCAGAGAAAGGAAGCUUUAGAGCAGCAGAGGAGGGAAGAGGAACGGUAUUGGGAGCUGGAGGAGCUCCAGAGGAAGAAAGAGGAGGCUCUGCGGAGGAAGAAACAGGAAGAGGACGAGCAACGGUUAAAUCAGAUGAAAGUGUUGGGCAAGAACAAAUUGCGGCCCAAGUUGUCAUUCGCUCUUGGCUCAAAAUGAAAUUGUUGAUGGUAGUUUUUGUUCCAUAUGUGCACUUGGCUUUUUUUUUCUCAUCUUUGCGUCUGGAUUAUGGGGAAAUACAUGGAUAGAUACAAUUGUAGUGGUAUCAGUUCUUCUCUGA